GUAACCACCAAGGAACGAGUUCUGGGCUUCGGAGUCUUGACCUGCGUGGAUGGAAUCUGGCGGAAUCCUGAAGGUGAUCCGGGGCUUUCCAAAUGGAACUGCAUCAGCUGCAUCCAGAUUGCCCAGCCAGACUUUACACCCAAGCUGGAAUUUACCUUGGCAGAGAUUUACUACAUUGAGAAAAGGAAACUGCAGUACCAUUUCGGCUACUUCAGUUCCGGCUGCCGAGAUGCUUCCGAGGACACGGCUGCACCAUUGCGGAAUGAAAAGACUGGACAGUGCAUCUACCUUGGCACAGGGACCGAGGUGAAAUACAGCGAUGCAUGCACUGACAGAUUUUAUUUUGACACCGGAGGGCGAAUUGUGUCAGCAGGAAAGAGGGCUGUUUGUCUGCAAGUCUCUGCUAUCAGCGGUGGCCGCUACAGCUUGCAAUCUGCACCCUUGACCAUUGGCUCUGAUUCUCUAACCUCCAACACGGUCUUUUCCAUUAAUUCCUUCGGGCAGAUCACAAAUUCUUUUCUUGACCAAACCGUUGCUAAUCAGCAGUUGUGCCUGGAAGACAACACCACAACUCAAUCAGUGCCAAGCUUCAUCCGCUGUGACGGCACCUCAAGUUUCUGGGCUGAAACAGCAUGGUUCUUCGAUGGAGGUGAUUGUCGAUUCAACCAAAUCCUUGCGAACUUGUACACGCCCUUGCAGUGGAAUUAUGUGCUCACAAACGAUGCUUAUUUGGGCUCCGAAACAGAUUCCCGAGUUGAGAAGCCGUUGUCUACUGCCAAAACCGAAAUUAGCUCGGCAGCAUUUGGCAGUUGCGUAUUGACAUUGUCUUCUGGCUUCACCACCGUGAGUUC